AUGAAUACUGACUUUACCUUGCCGACUGAGUACUAAUAGCUCACGACUGAGGGACCUUUUAUAUCUUAAAAGAAAGAUUUAAACGAAGUGAAUUUUUCAAAUGCGAAAUAAAAUUCACCUUCUAAUGAUAUUAGUCACUUAUUUAAUUCUUCAGGAUUUGAUUAAAAUCAUUUAAUCAGAAAUUGUAUAUCAGAAAAUAAAAUUUUAGAUGAAUUAGAUAAGGCUGAUUCAGCUAAUAUUUAAAAGUAGAAUGAUUAAUAAGAGAUUUAAAUGAAUCUUGAGCAUGAUUAUUUAAAUAGGAGUGAUAUUUUUACUUAAAAAAAUAAUUAAAUGAAUGAAGAGAUAUUAUAAAUAAGGAUAGAUCAUUCAGAAGAUGUAUUUGAGUAUUUCGAGAAAGAGCCUUCUUAUUAAGCGAUUGAAAUAAUUGACUAUGAAAGAUUUCUUAGCUUAGUUGAGUUUGCCCAAAUCGAUUUAAAACUUAGAAAGCUAUCUAAAAAGUUUAAAGCUUUGAGGAUAACAAAUGUAGACUUAACAACUCACCAUUUAAAAAUACUAUAGUAUGGUAUACUUUAAAAUAGAAGAGACCUAGAGAUUUAGUUGAAUAAUAAUAAUAUAGAUGAUUAGUCUUUUUUUUAGUUUCUAUUGGAAUCAAGAUGCUUUAAACUGAUAUAAUUUAUAAACAAUAUAGGGAUUCUAAAGUUUAUUGAUUAUAUUUAUGAAAAAUACUCUGGUAAAACUAUAAAAAGAAGAAAUAUGCUCAGAUUAACUGAAUACAAUAUUGUGUUAGAAAAGAGCGAUAAUGAUCUAAUAAUUACUUUGCACACAGGUUCAAAUCAAUUUAGAUAUCUUAAAGAUUGGUCUGAUUAGUAUAAGAAAUAUUAGGUUGUCAAUUACGAUAUAAAGUAAUGUUCUAAAGAAGUAGUUAAAAAAAUUCUACAUUGUGAAUUCACUAAUAAUCAUUUACCAGUUAUACUUUCCCUAAGUUUAAAAGUGGAGUCAUGGAAUGUAGAAUAAAUUAGUGAUAUACUUUAAAAAUUAAAUACAGUAAAUACACUAGACUUGGGUGGAUCAAUCGAUUUAGCAGAAUACGAUGUAGCAAAGAUAUUUUUCCAUGAAAAAUAGUUCAAAAUAAAAGAUUUGAUAAUUAGAGAUAUUCCUUUUAAAAAUCCAGCUUUUAAAUUAUUUGUUUAACAUUUCCUUUAUAGUGAUUUUACUAUUACAAAGUCAAUUGACAUCAGUAAUUGCGAAAUCAAUGAUGAUAAAGUUUUUUUGUUAUGCGAAAACCUUAGAGUAAGGAAAGAAAGGAUACCUCUUUAACAGAUUUAUUUACAAAAGAAUCCUUAUAUUGGUACAGAGGGAUGGAGAAGACUAUUUUCUAUGAUGAUUUUCGGAAGAUGCACUGCAAUUACAGAUCUAGAUUUGAGAGGAUGUCUUAUAACUAAGAGUCAUUUGUAAGAUGGAAUUAUAGCUGGAUAUAAAUCUUCUUAAAGGAUUUCUAAAAAAUUUUGUAUCCGUAUGCCUUUAAGAACUCUUUUCGUUUCUAGUUCUGAGAUGACUCCAGAAUGUUGGAAGAUAUUUACUAAAGAAUUUUUAUUCCAUCCCAAGAUAAAUCUUGAAAAUUAUAAUUUUUUUUUUACUGGCUACUUUAUGAGCAAUAAAAUUCUUACAAACAAGUGCAUGAACGAUAACAUUAUAGAAAUCAGACAUAAUGAGAGCAAGGAUACACACACUCUUCAAUCUUCUCUUAAGCAGUCUUAAAAAGCUUACUAAGAUAAUGAAUUGACUGCAUACUCUAAAACCUAAUUAAAUUAAAGUGGACAUUCGACUCCAAAAUCUUUGAAAGUUUAUAAUUUGAAUUAAUUGCAUUUGGAAAUUAAAAAAAAUGAAUAAAUAUGCAAAAGUUAUGAAGAUUAAAUCUUUAAUUAUCCAAAAUCUUCAAUCAGCAAAGAUUAAAAUUCAUAUAAAAUAAACAAAAAUACUCAUGAUGACAAAUAGAUCAUAUAUUAAGUUAAUGAUCAAACAUUCAAUAAUAAGAGUUAAUUUGAUGAUAUAACUGAAGAAUCAGAAAUCAAUUUAAAUAAUAGUCAUUUAAAUUUAAAAUAAGAUAAUAGUCAAAAUCAGUAAUAAACAAAGAGCCAUUUUUAACUUAAUUAGAUUCAUCCGAAUUCAAGAACAUAAUCUCAAACAUCGCUUAAUUAAACAAAAUCUAUAUUUUCCAAAGAAACCACUUAAAAAUUAUAAAUUCAUAAAAUUAACUAAUAAGAUGAUUAAAAUGCUUUAAAUAUCUUAAAUUAAAGUAACAUAGAUAAUAGUUUUACUUCAAUACCAUUCUAAUAAGACUAAUUACACCUCUAGGUUUGUUAAAAAAACUAUUUUUGUAAGUCUUAGAAAUCAAAAAGUUUAAACGAACUGCAUAGUCCAUAAUAAUAGGAUUAGCCAUCAAAAGAAAAAUAGUAAAUUAAUGAAGAAAAUAAGAUUGAAUAAAACGAGAGUGGGAUUUAUUUGAAUUAGUAAAAUAAAUUGAAGCAUAUAGAAAAUUUUGAUAAUAAUAGUAAUUAUAGUAAUCAUAAUAAUCAUCAUAAUGAGAAGUUCAAAAAUUAGCUUCAUUCUUAAAAAAUUGAUAAUUAUAUAAAAGAAAAGAGCAGAGAUUCAGAUAAACAUAACGAAAAAGAAAAUGAUUCUUAGAAAACAAAAUCAAAGUCAAAUAAAGAAUAAACUCUUAAUUUAAUUUACAACUCUGAUUUGGAUAAUUUGAAAAUAGAAUAAAUACCUGGAGUGGGUUCAACGUUUUCUCAAUCUGUAUAAAUUUCUUACUUAGAAUUGCUGCAAGUAAAGUAAUAACAGCACACUUAAAAUUUUUAGUCUUCACAAACUUAACCUUUAAAUAUGAAGAAUGAAAGCAGUUAGUAAAAGCAUUUAUAAAAUAAUGGAAAACUUGUAAGGCUGCAUUCUUACUCACAUUAAAAAAAAAACAUUCUUGAUAAGAAUAAUUUUUCUUAGCAGGGAAAAAACAAAAAAAUAUUUAGAUCAAUUUCUUUUAACAGUCAGAAUCAUGCUUAGAUUCGAUUUGAUGAAUAUUAUAAAUAAAAUAUACUUAACAAAUAAGUUCAAGAUAAAAAUAAUUCAAAUGUUGUGCCUUAUUAUAAAAAGAGCAGUUUCGGACAUAAACACGUGAAAAGUGCAUAAGAAAUAGUAGAAAAUAUUAACUAAGUAGUGUCAUAAAAUACUUUUACAGAUAUAAUGUAAAAUAUAGAGGAGCAUAAUAACUCUAAAACUUCAUAUAAUGAUAUUUUAAAUGGUAAAAAUGAGAAAACAAAUACUCCAAAAGUAUUUUAGGAUGAUAACAGUUAAUCGUUUUAAUUAUAAGCAAAAAAUUCUUAAAGUGAUUAAGAAUAAAUAUUAAAAAACUCUGUUUCUGAUAAUGAAAAUUCUAAAAACAGUAAAAACGUUUCUUAAUCUUUUUUGGAUACCAACAAUCUCUAAAAAAGUUUAAAAGAAUAGCAAUAAAUUUAUAACGGACUUUUAUCUCCUCCUAAGUAGCUAUCAAAUAGCAAAUUGUAAGAUCCUUCCUUAAAUAUACCAAUGUAAUUUAUUAAAACAGAAACAUUUGAUGCUAAGAAUUAAGCUAAAACAUAAAAUACGAAUGACUCACCUAAUAAACAAAAGAAGUUUAUACAGAGAUAAAGUGCUAACAUAAUGGAUAAUUCAGUUAAUUUAAAUAAAAGAAAAGCAAGUAAUCUCUAAUAAAGUUAUCAAACAGAUCAAGAAAGAGCAGAAAGUGAAAAAUUAAAUUUUAAAUAAAUGAAAGUUGUAGACAAGUAUAGAAAAAAUAAUAUUUUCUACAAAAAAUUCAGAGCUAAGAACGAAGCAGGUGUCAUAAAUAAGUAGGAAAUUUUAGGAUCUGUAGAAAAUGCCAUUUAUAACUUAUUAGAAUGUUAUACUUUAUAAAAAAAACCUCAUCUUAAAUAAAUUAUACUGCAUACAACAGACCAAUUUCCUUAUCUCUCAACUCAUAUAUAACAGCAAAAUACUACAGAGUUUUAAGGAAAUAUUUCACCUGCUGGUUGGAGUAGACUUUUCUUUUUAAUGUAAAAAUGUUAAAUAUUUGUUGUGCCUUUAUCAAAUAACAAUCCAUAAUUACCUAUUACUCCUUUAUUUAAUGAAAAAUACGAAUAUAUGCACCCUAUUCCUGAAGAAAUAAUAAAAGAAUCAUCGACUACUGAGCUUUAUCAAAAUUUAAUAUUUUUUUAUAUAAAUGCUGAUAGACUAUACCAUAAAAUAUAUAAAGGUAAGUUAACUCCAAUAUAAUGGCUAUAUUUUAAUCCAAAUUCUAAAAUAAAAAUCAUUAAAUCUAAUUGCUAUUCUACUUUCAUUAAUCUUGAAAGAAAUAUUAAGUUGGAUAAAAAAGAAAAUAAUUACACAUUUAAAACUGAAAUCAUUGACUUUAAUUGGGAAGGUGAAGAAAAGGGAUGGAAAAUAUUUGCUCUUAAUGUGAUGCUUUGCAAGCGAUUUUAGCUAAAGUAGCUCUAUUUGAAAAAUGUGAACAUAGAUAAAAUUAUAUAGGUAUUAGAAGAAUACAAAUUAAAAUACAAUAAAACUGAAAUUCCUUCUUAAUUAUGGAAUCUCAGUAUUUUGUGCUUUAGCUUCAGUUCUUGCACUUCUUCUUAAUAACUUGCUAAAUUUUUAUUUUACUUUUUCAAUUCAGAUUAAUUGAAAGUUAUUUAUAAUGGUAAAGAAGACUCAUUUUAUAUAUUUGGCCAAGAUUAUUAACAUGAACUACUGACAUUUAACACUUCAGAUAUAAGUUCAAGGAUGAUUGACGAUCCGUAUUGCUUAAAUAGACACAUAAAAUAUCCCUAUAGCUUGUAAGCUCCUUAUAUCUCUUAAUUUUAUGUCAAUAAAAAAGGUUAUUUUUCUCCUCAUUUUUUUACAGGAUCUAUUUGUGUUUAAUUAAUUACAAAGUUUUAGUGCAACAAAAUCAUUCAAGCUUUUGAUCGUCAAAUUUCUGUUUACCUAUCAAACAUGAAUAAAAAAAUUUAAAAUUAUUUACAAUCUCGUUCUCCAAGUAUACCUGCUGUUAAACUAAAGCAGUUCAUUUGUGAGUCAAACGAACAAAAAUAUAGAACUUAAUACUCUAAAUUAAUAGAGCCUUGCUUGAUUCUGCAUCAAAGUAGAGAAGAUUUUACUGAUUAAAUUGUUUAAUUUAACUGUUCGCUCUUUGAAGGUGGCUCAUUAAUAAUAGAACCUUAAAAGCUCAAAAGAAUAGUAACUGCAGUAAACUUAAUAAACUUGUAUCAAUUCUAUUUUAUAAAUCAAUAAAAUCUCUAGCAAAAGCAAGAUCAACAAAAUGACUUUAGAACAUACUCUAUUCAAAAAAAAAUAAAUUAAGAAAUUCAUAUAUAUUUAUCUCUUGAAGAUAAGCUAAGGAUGUAUGGCGAAAUUAGUAGCCUAAAGAAUUCCUCAGAGUAAAUUAAAUUAUAUGCAAAUUACAUAUAAUACCUGCAGCAUAAGUAGUAUCUGGAAAAAAUGAAUCAGAUAGGAAUGAAUCCAACAUAUCACCACCCAUAUAAUUAUUAUAACUGCUUAUAUGUUAAUAAUAAAUCUGUUGUUUUGAUGUUUGAGACAACGUGUAGCAAUUCAUGUGGAUAAAGAUGUGGGAAGACAGCUGAUAUUAUCUACUAUUACAAAGAAACUUAUGCUGAAUCUUAAAAAAUUCCUGACUAUCUGACAUACAUUAAACUCAACAAAAAAGUAUCUCCUUACUUUUUUUCAACUUUUUUAUUUAACAAGAUUGUUGAUUUAUACUCUGAAGAACAUAUAUUGAGUUUGCUAUUCUGUACUGUUUACACUGAAGAUUACAAUUAUCGUUUUUUUGAUUAUGUCAAACUUUUACAUGUUUACUUCUUAAUAAUCUUCUAAUUUUUAGUAUGUAUACUAGUGAUUUCUUUUUCUUAAGAUAUGCACAAAUAUGAAUAUCUUGAUUCUUCUUUUGCAUACUUACCUUUGUGCUUAAGUGUAUUGCUAUUUCUUUGGCAGUUUUAAAAGGUAGUAAUUCUUAUUUCUAAAUCAAAAUAAGUUUUUGCAAUUUAAAGCAUAAUUUCUAGAAAGAGAACUUUUGAAAAAAAAUAAACAAUCAGAAAUAGAUAACAAGUUAGAUAACUCAAAAAUAAAAACACGAUUGAAGAUUAAAAAUGCUAAAGUUAAAAAAAUUUAGAAGAAAUAGACUGCUCUCCUUAAUCUCAUUGGCUUUUAUACAAAACUCCGCUAGAUGUUUAUAAAUCAAACAAACUGAUUAUAUUCUUUGCUUCAUUUAAGUCAUUUGUAGCAAAUAUUGCCUUUUAUUCCUAGAUUUUCUUCUUUAGUGACUGCGUAAAUAUUUUUUUCAUUUAUCAUAAAUGA